UAUCAAUUGUAUUGGCUCAAAUUCCAGGACAAUAUCAAUGUCAACCAAAAGCGUUCAGUUGGCAAAGUACAUCAUCUUAUUCUUUUGCGCAAGGGCCCCUAGUACGUAUGCAUAUGUAUUAACUCUCGCUUUCAGAUUAGGAACAUUGGUUACAAUUGAAUGUCUUUGAUAAGGAAAGUAUCUUUAGUUCCAACUAAACAGACCGUCCGUUGAGGUAGGCUUGUCAAUUCGAGGCUCACAUUGAUCAAACAAUGGAUGGUGUACCUAUAAGACCGUGUUGUGUUCCAAGUUGAGUCGAUCCCAAAUACUAAUCAUAAAAGUGAGACUUCGCACCAAAGUAAACUCUGGAUAGUCUCCAUUAACCAUGGAAUCCAACACGACCGAUUUGCCUUUUCUCAAGGGCGUUCUUCAACUGAGGAAACAAAUGGACGCUCCCAGUCUCGAGUCUCUGCCCAAGAGCUACAAAGCUAACUCUGACGUGGAAAAGUUGUAUUUGUGGUCGGCCGAGAAUUUUCGCCGUCAAAUCCGACAGAAGUUCCCCCAUCUCCACACGAAAUUCCUAACGUGCGCCAAUGAAUGCCAAGUGGAGAAACUCAUCAUGACUUUCAUCAAGCCGACCGUGCUCCCGUUUGCUCAUCUCUUUGAUAUCGGAAAGUGUGCUCAAUUUAUCUGCGAUUUUAUAGCCUACAAACCCGAGCCUCGACUUGAGGAUUUGAAUCAAAUCAAUUCACCCACCUUGACCAUGCUGUGCCAAGUUGGGAAUAGUCUGGAGAUGAGUCAUUGCCUCGUGUCUCUCUUGACCGGGUUCGGCUUUCAAGCCUUUGUCGUCUGCGGCCAAGUGGAUCCAGCCACGGCCAAUCGAGACCGGACCACUCAAGGAUUCGCCCUCGGAAAAGAACUUGAGACAACGAAAGAGACCAACUUGGCCAUUGAGAAGGGACACUAUCAAGUAUUGGAUCCCCCUGUUUUGGAAAGCAAAUACACCAAGUUCCUUGAAGGCCUCGACCAUCAGCUUUGGCAAGGUCAGAAGAGAAAAAGCCAAACAAAUAACGGCCUUUCCCCAACGAACGGAGGGCUAAUCUCUGGAUCACCUCGAGAGCCCGGCCUUCUCCACGCUUGGGUGUAUGUCGAACUGAGUGAAGGCCAGCGGGGAUUCUUCAUCGAGGCCACCGAUGGUGAAAGACGGCCUCUAAGCGAUCCUCGUAUCCUGACCAUUGAUUCCGUGUGGAACGCCAGCAAUUAUUGGUUAAGUACGAGCGGCCAUGGAAACGAUGCGAUUUUCCGAGACAAAAUGACACUCGAACUGGAUUCCAACGAGAUUUGGAUCAAAUUUGUGGCCGAUAUUGAGCCCAUCAGCAAAGGCCAUGCUGAUAAGCGCUUACUCAAGGUCCUUCAUCAGUGGUUGGCACCCCUAGAGAUUCCCCAGUCUAGCUACGAGCUCACAUUUAGAUUAGGCCAGAAGGUCGAUUACUUCAAGGACACCAAGGUGGAAUACUUUGCACCCUAUCUCCUGAAGGAUGGACUGGUUCAACGCAUUCAGCGAUUCGAUCCCGAAACUGAAUCCACUGAAGACCAUUUGAUUCAGACUUGUGAAAAAUUUCGCUACCGAACGGAUCAGAUGACGGUGCGUGAAACUUUCACCCGAACACACCAAGUCGUGGAGAGUUUCGCCCAUGGGCGACCUGACCACUUGAAAGAGCAUCAGUUCUUCAAGCACUCGGGUGGUCAACCCGCCCAAUACUUGUCCAAGUUCUAUCACGAAUCUCGGUCUGACGGAUUGGAACAGCGGGACUUCAAAGACCUGGAAAUCACGGAAAAAUAUUCCGGUAGAUUAGACGGACUUCAGAGCAUGAAGGCCGUCUUCAUAAUUGCGGAGAAGAAAUUUGGCCCAGCGGAUAAUACGAAGCGUUACAAAGAAGUGGCCAAAAUCAUCGAGACCUAUGCAGGAGCCAACAGCAUCAAGGACGCACAAACGAAUCGAGGAGCAAUAAUUGACCCAAGGGAUAUCCAGGCUAAUCCCGGCCGGAUACUAGACACUUCCCAGAUCAUGGAGAAAGUUUACGAUAUCGAGGAUGAUCAUAUUCAAAUCAAAUUUCAUCGUGUGGAAGGACAGAUCUUUUGCAAGAGUGUGGAGUUUCUGCAACCUAGGUCAUUGGAAAAUGAUGAGGAUCUAACUCGCGAGGAUGUCAAGGUCUACAUGGUUGAUCCCCGCGAUGAGGAACCCUGUCUCAAGGAGCUCAAGGUGAUUUUUGGAGAGGAACUUCGAGCCCAAGCCAAGGCCAAGGCCCGAGUGGAUAAUGUCGAGAAAGAAAUGUCAGCUUUGUUGGAGCAACGCAUGCGUGAGCAUUCAGCCAAUGAUCUGGAUGUUUGGGUGUUUGACGUGAAGCGGAAUGCUCAGGUGAAGCGGGGACGUCAAAACGAGGAAAGGAUCGCCAAACUCAAGGAGAAGAGUGUCGUGGACCUAGAAUUGGAUUUCUUGGGACCCUAUUUGGAGCGUCAUCAGGAAGACGGACCAUUGAAUAAGGCUCAAGUUAUCAAGAUUCAACAAGAGUGCCUUGCCAAUGUGAAAAGAGACCUCGAGGAAAAGGAACACGAGCUGGAGGCUCAAAUGGAGCAGAUCAAAAAAGACUUGAAGAACCUCAAGGCCGUCCUCACUUCGGAGGAUAUUAAUUCGAAAAAGUUUCUGCUUAAUGUCAUUCAAACCCGAUUGAGUCGCCAGAAGAAGCACACUAUCGACUUUUUUGCCAAGGCUGAAAAAACAGUCACGGAAGAUCCUCGAGUUUUAAAAUAUCUUUAGCAGUAAAAUGAUAUGCAUAAAUGUCAUGAAAGGCAGAAAAUGAAAAUGGAUCCAUUAAAACCGAAAGC